AUGUCCUUCUCCCAUCCUCUGCCUGUUCUCAUCUACGGAUGUCAUGUCGAGCGAGGCACCGAGUUGCUCAGCUUGGAACAGAAUGACGGCCAUGUGGUAGCGCACCUCGUCAAGCGCAGUGGCGAUGAAGAGGUCAAUGAGUCCGUUGUUAGCCGAUGGCUCGUGGGCACCGAUGGCGCGAGAGGUACUGUGCGGAAGCAACUCGGGCUGACAUUCCUCGGCGAGUCGCUCUCGGGGAAGUUUGUCUUUGGCGAGAUUGUAGUCAAGAAUCUAACCCGUGAUUGCUGGCAUUGCUGGGGAAGCUUUGGAAGCGGGAUUUCAAGCCUCCUCACCUUUCGCACGGAUACUAGAGUCGUUUUGCGUCCUACGGAGGAUGAUGAAAUUUACAAUUUCAUUAUCUCCGGACCCGUCGACCUCGACAAGAUUUACGAGGAUUAUGACACGUUGAUCAAGGCAAUCAAGCAAAUGUCAGACAGGGAUGAUCUCAUUCUCGGGGAGAUCAAGUGGAAGUCCAACUUCAGCCCUAACGCCCGCAUGGUAAACAAGUUCUCCGAAGGCCGAGUGUUUGUUGCGGGAGAUGCUGCCCACGUGCAUAGUCCAACCGGCGGGCAGGGCAUGAACUCCAGUGUCCAGGAUGCUAUCAACCUCGGCUGGAAACUCGCUCUGGUCGAGCGAGGGCUUGCUCCGGAGUCGCUCCUCGACACCUACACAGAAGAGCGUCUGCCUGUCAUUGCCCACAUGCUCAAACAAACAACAGACCUGUUUCAGUCCACGAGAAAUGCAACCGCGAGUGGAGACGGCGCAUUUCAAGGAUGGACUCGGUCCCGCGAUUUGAAGAUGCUUGGCGUCAACUACCGCUGGAGUUCCAUAGUGCUCGACGAAGGCCACCCUCGAGAAGCAUCCGAGAAAGACAAGCAACUCUUGGACGCAUACGGGGCAGACACGAGCGACGGUCUGCAUGCCGGCGACAGGGCCCCGGACGCCCCGGGUCUCGCGCUAGUGGAGGCGGGCAACGUCGGGUCCGAGAUGACGUCGUUGUUCCGCAUCUUCAGCUCCACUCGCCACACGGUCCUCGUUUUCUCCUCAGACGGCGCUCAGAUCGCAGCUGUACUCGAAGCGACGAAGAAGCUUCCGCCUCGCCUCAUCCAUACGGUCGUCAUCUACCCGCGAGACUCGAGUCCUUCGUUGACCGUAUCUGGCGCAGAUGUCGUCUAUGUUGAUCGAGACGGGUAUGGGUUCUCGGGAUACGGUGCGUCGCCGGACGGGACUACUGUAUCUAUCGUGAGGCCAGACGGGAUUGUUGGUGCUCUUGUCUCCGGAGCCACAGGCGUGGAGGCCUACUUCAGGAACGUGUUCUUGGGGUGA